AUGUUGGUACUCUCUCAGGUGACGGCAGAUGGGCUGAACACCACGCAACGCAUUGGCGGGGGCUCCCAGUGUGGAGAAUACACCAGUCAGGUGAUGGAGGACGGCAUGUGUCGCCUGGUAGCCACGCUACCGCAGCUGGACGAGCAGCGCUGCCCCGACAUGUUCCGCUGCACGGACGAGGUUUCUUACUGGCUGCACGAGAACGAGGAGCGCAAACAGCAAGUGGCGGCGUUGAAAGAGACCAUCUCGGAGCUGCAGGAGGAGCUGAGGAACCACCGCCAUCGCAUCAAGGUUUUUGAGAUGCAGCGUGAUGACAGAAGCAAUUCCAACACCACCAUGGAGCAACGUUUCCAUGAGAUGGAGGAACACUACGCCGAGGCCAACAACUUGCUGCAUCUACAGGGGACGCUCAUCCUCAACCUGCAGAACCAAGUUCACAACCUCACCUUAUUGGUGGAUCAGGUGAAGAACAGUCCUGGGUGUUCCGUCAACAUCGUCCGGCCUAACCCACUCAUGAGUAGCCAGCAGGCCUUACACCCGGAUACUCAUCACAUGAGGAACUGUCCCAUCGACUGCGCCUCUAUUUACUACAACGGAGUGAGGAGAUCCGGCCUCUACACUGUGGUGCCAUCAUUUGCAGGCAUGCCUGUGGAGGUCUACUGUAAUAUGGACAUUGAUGGCGGUGGUUGGACGGUGAUCCAAAGGCGGCUCGACGGGUCCAUUAGCUUCGAUAGGAGCUGGCGGGAAUACCGGGCCGGUUUCGGAGACCUCCACUCAGAGUUUUGGCUUGGAAACGAUCAUAUCCAUGAGCUGAGCAGCCAGGGAGACUACAGCCUGCGUAUAAAUCUGGAGGACUGGAGCAACAAACAUAAGCAUGCACUCUAUCAGCACUUCAGUGUAGAAGAUGAGGAGCAUCACUACCGUCUCCACGUGUCGGGCUUCAGCGGCAGCGCACGGGAUUCUUUCGGCUGGUACCACGACAAGCGCGGCUUCAGCACGCCGGACAGCGGUGACAUCUGCGCAGAGAUCUCCCACGGCGGGUGGUGGUACGGACAGUGUUUCUACGCCAACCUCAACGGUGUUUACUACAGGGGCGGUCACUACACACCAAAGGGCAAAGGUCACCUGGGCCCAGACGAGAUCGUCUGGCACUCGUGGAGGGAUUCGGACUUUUACUCGCUACGGAAAGUUAGCAUGAUGAUACGACCGCGCAGCUUUAGGAACCGUUUAUCUCCGUGA